GUAUUGUAUCGGUGUUUUGGUUGAAAAUAGUAAAGGAUUAAUUACUGCGCAAUGUCUUGAUUUUAAAGAGUAUUGUUCUCUGAAUCUUACUGCAAUGGAGCAAUCUGAUAUUGGGUUAAAUCUGUAUUGUUUUGGCUGUUUGUCUUCGAAGGAAGACAAGUCAUUUUAUUGCUUAGAUCUGCAGAAUUCAGUUUUGAAAACAGUUAUACAGGCUGAAUGUCUCUUCCUCUGCUACCUCUGCAAGCGGGCUGCUCAAAAAGCAGAGCUGUUUAUACAAAAUGUCCAAAAUAAUCAUGUUCUGCUUCAAAAUAUACAUAGGAUGGAAACUUCCACUCUACAAUCAGCUCGGACACGAACCCGAGCCCCGCACCAGCUGUCUCCGGUGUCCCUAGAUAUCAUAGAGCUAGGAACCGAAUCUACCCAGGAGUUGGACAGGAGGAACCUCGGCUAUGACAACCGGCUGAACGUCAAACUAGAGACGAAGGAAGAGAGAGUACCAGAGAAUUAUCCAGAUGAUAACAACAGCCAAGAGUCAUUUGUAAAAGAGGGCUUACCUCUAAAAGUAUUAUUAAAAGAGAAAGAAACGGCACAAGGGGAGGAAAGCCCCAAAAAGAGUCCCAGGAAGUAUAAGAAGAGAAAGAAAAAAAAUGAUGAAGCUGAUGAUGAAUUAGCCAUAAUACCCUUCGAGAUAACUCGAGAGCAAUGCUUCGAGGAGCGCGCGCGCAUGGCGCUCGACCAGCGUUACCUGGCCUCUAUGUACAAAUGCACCGACUGUGUUAAAGGGUUCAACUAUAAAGACAGCUUUGAUAAACAUAUGGAGAAACAUAGCGAGAGUAAUGGUAAUUACGAAUGCGACGUGUGCAAGCAGAGGAUGAGUACAGAAGACAAGCUAGUCGGCCACAAGAAAUACCACGAAAAGCGGUACCGGUGCCCCGUGUGUGGUAUGACCCGCGCCAGCCGGGUGCUGGUCAAGGACCACUACUCGGCCCUGCACUCCUCGCGUCAGGUCAGACACAACUGCCCGCACUGCGACAAGACGUUCACACGUAAGCUAGCAUGGCGGAAGCACGUGUCCAGCGUGCACGGUCGCGCGAGGGAGACGUGUCAAUAUUGUAAUAAGACUUACGCCAACAAAGAUGUUCUGAAAGCGCAUAUAAACCUCCGACACCCAAUAGAGGGCACCACAGCCCCAAUAGUAAAGUCGCACGUGUGCCAAGACUGCGGGAAAGCGUUUAAGAGCCCUUCGUUACUCAAGAUACACAGUGUCAAGCAUUCGCCCAACAAGGACUACUAUUGUGUCGAGUGUGACAAGAGUUUCAAAUCGGCGACAAUACUGAAACAUCACUUGAAGACUGCUUCAGUUCACGUUAACUACGUCGAUUUACCUUUGUCUUGCGAGCAUUGCGGGAAGCGGUUCGCGAUUCGACGGGACUUGGUACAACACAUCAACAGAGUACAUCUCAAUAUAAAACCAUUCCGGUGCGACCGCUGCGAGAAGGCUUACGUGAACGUGUGGUCACUGAACGAGCACCGGCGAUUGGUACACGAGGGGUUCAAGCGACCGCUGAAGUACCCUUGUGCCAUGUGUGAUAAGGUCUUUGACAGCAACCAGAUCCUCAAAGAUCAUAUCCGCACGCACACGGGCGAGCGGCCUUUCCAGUGUAGCCGCUGCCCCGCGCAGUUCCGCCAGGCCAGCACCCUGGGGACCCACGUCAAACUUGUACACUUGAAACUGACUAGAGACGGGAGGCCUAAAGCUUUGGCUAGCAAAUAUCCGAUGGUACAGGAUCAGGAUGCGUUUAGCCAGCCUAAUACAACUGUAGAGUCAGGCCAGUAUGCUGGGGACACAUCGCAAACUAACUAG